UCCAUGUUGCUGUGAAUGUUGGAGGAGAGGUGGCUAAAAGGUGGAGGCAGCCGAAAGAGCGGGAGAGGGCCAGGGAACCUGAAAGCAGAUCCAGAAGAGCUUUUCACCAAACUGGAGAAAAUCGGGAAGGGCUCUUUUGGCGAGGUGUUCAAGGGCAUUGACAAUCGGACUCAGAAAGUGGUCGCCAUAAAAAUCAUUGAUCUGGAAGAGGCUGAAGAUGAGAUAGAGGACAUUCAGCAGGAGAUCACAGUGCUGAGUCAGUGUGACAGUCCCUACGUAACCAAAUAUUAUGGAUCCUAUCUGAAGGACACUAAAUUAUGGAUAAUAAUGGAAUAUCUUGGUGGAGGUUCCGCACUGGACCUAUUAGAACCUGGCCCUUUAGAUGAAACCCAGAUUGCUACUAUAUUAAGAGAAAUACUGAAAGGACUUGAUUAUUUGCAUUCGGAGAAGAAAAUUCAUAGAGAUAUUAAAGCUGCCAACGUCCUGCUCUCUGAACACGGAGAGGUGAAGCUGGCGGACUUUGGAGUGGCGGGCCAGCUGACAGACACCCAGAUAAAGAGAAACACCUUCGUGGGCACCCCUUUUUGGAUGGCGCCUGAAGUCAUCAAGCAGUCGGCCUACGACUCAAAGGCAGACAUCUGGUCCCUGGGCAUAACGGCGAUCGAGCUUGCCAAGGGGGAGCCUCCGCAUUCCGAGCUGCAUCCCAUGAAGGUUUUAUUCCUCAUUCCAAAGAACAACCCCCCGACGCUGGAAGGAAACUACAGCAAACCCCUCAAGGAGUUUGUGGAGGCCUGUUUGAAUAAGGAGCCGAGCUUUAGACCCACCGCUAAGGAGUUACUGAAGCACAAGUUCAUAAUCCGCAAUGCAAAGAAAACAUCCUACCUGACUGAGCUCAUCGACAGGUACAAGAGGUGGAAGGCCGAACAGAGCCACGAAGACUCCAGCUCCGAAGACUCGGACACGGAAACGGACACAGACGGCCAAGCAUCCGGAGGCAGCGACUCAGGGGACUGGAUCUUCACGAUCCGGGAGAAGGAUCCAAAGAGUCUUGAGAAUGGAGCUCUGCAGCCGUCGGAUUUAGAAAGAAAUAAGUUGAAGGAGAAGAGCCAGGCGUGUGGAGGCAACCUGAGGUCCAUCGAGGAGCUGCGCGGGGCCAUCUACCUGGCGGAGGAGGCCUGCCCCGGCAUCUCGGACACCAUGGUGGCCCAGCUCGUGCAGCGGCUGCAGAGAUACUCUCUAAGUGGUGGAGGAACUUCAUCCCACUGAAAUUCCUUUGGCGUUUGGGUUUUGUUUUUUUCCUUUUUUUCUUCUUCAUCCUCCUCCUUUUUAAAAGUCAACGAGAGCCUUUGCUGACUUCGCUGAAGAGGUGCACCAUCGCGGGGGGCCAUCCCCCCCACAGCGAGGUUGCCUGUCCAGGGCCUGAUGAAGUCUCCAGGUGGGGUGGGGAGGGUCAGCUCCUGCGAGCGAGUAUUUUAUUUUAUUUUAUUAUUCUUGUUUUUAAUUCUAACCAUAGUGCACAUAUCAAGGAAAGUGUCUUUAGAAACAAAAAUAAACCCUGAAAUGUAUAUUUGGGAUUAUGAUAAGGUGACUGAAGAAAUGAAACCUCAGGUAUCCUGCUUUACGUUGAUAACUCCCCCUCCCUGGGAGACGGAGAACCGCUCUGGUGGGUCAGUGUACAGAUUUGUAUAUAGUGUCAUUUUUAAGGAAACCCUUUUGGCGUGCAUAGGGAUCACUGUGUACACACUGGCCAAGUGCUUCUGUAGAUACCGUCAGUGGGGUAAAUAUUUGACAGGCCGUAACUCGAGUCUAUUGCCUUGCCUUUAUUACAUGUAAAUUUUGAAUUAUGUGACCAGUGAUUUGGGUUUUACUUUGUAUUUGCAGGGUUUGCCAUUAAUAAUAAUUAACACCCCUCUUAUGGAACACUCCUAUAUUUGUACCUCAACAAAUGCAAAUUUUCCUCUUGUUUGCCCUACAACCCUUUUGGUACACUUAGAAGUUGAUUUCCUUUUUCAUCGAUGGUACUAUUUCUUAGUGUUUUAAAUUGGAACAUACCUUGCCUCAUGAAGCUUUAAAUUAUUAUUUUAAAUUUCUCCCCGAUGAAGUGUUCUCGUCUCACUUUCAUUCGCGCCCUGCCAGUCCUGCGCCAGCUGUACCGUCCUUCCAGUAGGGUUUUCUGUUGCACCUUGUAGUGAAAUCUGCGUAUCAUCUUUCCCACCUAAACAUGUCUGAACGCUCACACAAAUACAUUUUAUAACACAGAUUUUGCAUACUCUCCUUGGAACGUGACUCUUGAGGGGGCAGUGCACCUGCCGUGUGUGUGUGUGUGUGUGUGGUGUGUGUGUGUAUGUAUGUAUGAGGCUCUGGGAAGAAGUGCCCACAUUCAAGCUGUGGAAUGUCCAGGUCAGCUCCCUGUGCAACUUUUAAAAAUGGUCCUGAGGAGAUACGGGUGCAUGUUGCUGAUCUGUAAAACUGCUGUCUUCCCGGGGAACUGGAGGGAAGGUGGUUGAUUUUUUAAAGGAGAUGGUGUCCGCUGGUUUGUCCGCCAGGUGUCUGUGUUUUUCUUGGCUUGUGGUAGCGUCUGGCUUGCCAGGGGGGGUUAAUAACCUCUGGGUCUCUGGGUCGGGAAAUACUUCUUGCCGCCGUUCUUGACUGAUUUGAGUACGUGUGACAUUUUUUAUCAUUUGUUGAUACGAAUCGUUGUCAUCUCUUGCUGGAGUAGCAGUUCUUGAGGUGGAAUACAAAGGCUUUUGGAAGCAGGGAAGUUACUGGGUAAACUUGAGGACGGAAGGUCAGUUAUCUGCUGGCCCGGUGGCCUGGAUGUUACAGGGAGAGGACAGAGGCCUGAGCUAGAGACGUCUGAGGGGUGGUUAUUGUUUUGGUUAACGGAAUGGAGCUAGUUUUUAAACUCUUAAAAUUGUCGUGAUUUUUUAAUUAAAGGUAGAUUUGGGUUAAUUUCUAUAAGGGAUAUAUUUUGGUUAGAGGAAACAGAACCAAAUGGCCAUCGUGCAAGUUUGUUAACUUGAACAACAAAAAUGGAGAAUAUUUCAUUUUGUGUUUCGGAGAGUAUUCUGCGUGACGGAGCUGUUUGUUUCCCUGUGUGAGGCAUGAGGCAAAGAUCAGUUUUGUCCGUUGCUGGAGAAAGAAUCAAAGAAAUGGAGCCGUGUUCCCCGAGGUGUGCUGCUUGUCUGAUCUUGAGAGCGCCAGAGCAGACGGCAGCUUUCUGGUCUAGAGUUCUUCAGAUUUGCAAAUGGACAGUGGUUUCAGGACUUGACCCUGACUGACCGCCAUGUCAAAUAUGAGUGAUGGUCACACUGAUAGGCAGACGGGAUCCCAGCUAAGUGAGGUGAGGUUAGUAGCUGCUCUGCAGUCACUGGACGGUAACAACACAGCACCGUCUCCCAGGCAAAGCGGCAAAUUACUCUACUGAGUUUAUUGGAACCGUCUUCUGUUGAUGAAGCUUCUCGGGGAAGAUGUGCUUUGACAGGCUUUUGAAAGUGGAUCACCUCCCCCUACAAUAUCUCCUGGCUUGUUACUUUCUGUAGACAAAAAUCAGGGCAUCUGCUUGAGGCUAGCAUUUGUGCACUUCAAGUCCUUUAUUAAAAGACAGGCCAGGUACCAGAGCUACAGGAGGACCUGCCUCGGGCCUGUAAACCGCUGGUGGUAUUUAGCCAGACCCGCGAGCUCAGCACUCAAGGUAGAUUGACUGCCCCUCGGAAGCCUCUGGAUGCCGAACCCCAGCAGUUAGCGGCUUCUCUGCCCACACUGCUGACGGCUGGGCGGCUUCACCCAGAAGCACAGACAGCCUCUUGGAGGUUGGGGACUGUGUCUGGCUGGUUGUCGACACCUUUUUGAAGUGGUCUUUUUCUGCCCUGGCUGCACCCAUGUGGUCUGGGGGCCUCGGCACUGUCACAGUCGUGUGAUUGUCUCGCUGUAACCGAGGGCCACACACCUUCCCGAUCUGACAUGUUGUUCUCCAAGUGGUCUUUUGAAGCGUUUAGUUUGAAUGCAGCAUUUUGUACGUUUCUUUUGGCAAAACAGGUCUGUUUAUGAGCAUUUUUAUAUUUUCCUCCUUAAACGUGGCUUGUGUAUUUCUGCUAUAAAAUACGGCAAUAACUGAAGAGUGCUGCAAGGUGUGUUCUUAAGCACAGGGUCUGUAUCAUGCGAGGGUCAAUAAAGUUCACAGAAAUAA